AGUUGUCGCCAGGCGUCACAAGGAAGUGCACUGCGAAACAUUGGCCGGGGUUUCCACUACUCCAAGGACAGAUCAUUUCGGAAGAGUCAACAUUUUGUAGAACAGAUAAAAGAAGAGUUCGCUUCACCCUGUCAGAAGAGGCUGUAUCGAGUGAACAAUGAUUCGUGUGUACUUAGCGGUCCUGGUCCUUGCAAUUUUCGGCGAAAGAACUGUCUCUGCCAGUGGUGAAGAUUCUGUUGACAUCUGGGCAAUAGAGUUGAGUGGUGGGGUACUGCAUGCGAAGAGGUUUGCCUACAGCAAUGGCUUCACAUUCCUGAAACGUAUCAUUAAUGACAUUUACCUGUUUAAAGUUGGACACAACUUGAAAAGGACAUCUCAAGUUCGGCUUGAACUUUUACAGAAUAGUCAGGUGACGUGGUUUGGCAGGCAAGUACCAAGGAAAAGGUACCUGAGGUCUCUGUUGCUCUUCGAUGACCCAGAGUGGGACAAACAAUCAUAUUUGUACACUGGGAAGGUGAACAUGAACGUCCUACCCGCGUGGAACACGGCAUGUGCAGGGGAAGGUGUGACGGUGGGUGUGGUGGACGAUGGUGUCAUAGUCUCCCAUCCAGACUUACAGAGCAGAGUGGAUAUCAGUUUGUCGUACGACUUCCUCCGUGACAGACAAGAUCCAACUCCACCUCAGCAGAGUCACGAGCACGGGACUCAGUGUGCGGGCGUGAUCGCUGCAGCUGCCAACAACAGCUUCUGUGGUGUCGGUGUGGCUUAUAGAGCACAGAUAGCAGGACUGCGGCUACUGUCUGGAGGGGUAAGUGACAUAUUGGAUGCGGAUGAAGCUGCAGCUCUCACUCACAAGUCACAGGAGAUCGCCAUCUACUCCAACAGCUGGGGACCUUCUGAUUACCAGUUCGUGUUAGACGGACCGGAGCCGUUACUUCAACGGGCCUUACGGAAUGGAGUACACACAGGUCGUGGAGGGAAAGGGUCAAUCUACAUUUUCUCCGGUGGUAACGGCGGUGCAUUUGGAGACAGCUGCGCUUACGACGGCUACAUCAACUCCAUCUACACCAUCGGGAUCAACUCCGUAUGGCCGGCCGGAGAGUCCGCGGUCUACAACGAGCCGUGCACCGCUAUCAUGGCGGCGGCUUACGGGAAUGACUUCACUGACACUAGCUCUUCAUUCGUCGUUCCUAGCCAAGCGACAGGCUGUAAGACAGACUUUUCUGGUACGUCCCCGACUGCAGCACUGGCGGCUGGGGCCAUGGCUCUGGUACUUGAGGCAAACCCAUCUCUCACGUGGAGAGACGUCCAACAUUUGAUAACAAGGACUACAAGAACAGAGGGACUCUGCGGUGACGAGUGGACAACCAACAAGGCUGGUUUUAAAGUGAACAAUCUAUGUGGAUUCGGCCUCAUGGACGUUGGAGCGAUGGUAGAUCAGGCAAGACUGUGGCCCAAUGUUCCAGAUCAAGUUAUCUGCCAAGACCUUAUGUCUACCGUCAUAAAGACCAUCCCAGGCGGAGGGACACUGGAGUCAACUGUUGACGUGAAUCCUAGAAUCUGUGCACCAGACCAGGUUCAUUACCUGGAGCACGUCCUGGUCCAUGUGACGCUGACCUUCCCUCACCGCGGAUACCUCGUCAUCGAGCUCACGUCUCCUUCGGGGACAACGUCGACAGUGGCUCCGGGAAGGGUCCAGGACGCGGAGCCUGACCUGGACUGGACGUUCUUAACCCUUCACCACUGGGGGGAGAACCCGCUUGGUGUGUGGACACUUCGCGUGAACAACACUCAUCCUGACACGGCAAUGACAGGUUCUUUGUCGUCCUGGUCACUUGUUCUACAUGGUACGGCAUCGGAACCGCUCAACAACGACACAACCCCCGCAUCUGACCUGGUGAGACCAACCUCUCCUAACUGUGUCACAGUUUCGGAUGAUUCCGACUACUCAGCAACAAAAGGAAUCAACAACGAUUUGGUAAUCGCCUUGUCUGUUUCGGGCAGUGUUAUUCUCCUUGUUUGUAUAGCCAUAGCUGUUUAUCUUCAAACAAAGAAACGCCUGAGUGGCAAUUUCAUAGGCCCCGAUGCAAGAAACGCCGAAGUAAAAGAUGAAAACCCCUAUACAACAGGAAGUCCGCUGUAAACUACAAAACAAACUGGAGAUA